AUGGAACAUUCGCAAAAUGGUUCAAUCUCGUGCAGACUGUUCAGAAUGGCGGUGGCGGUACUAUUCAUUAUCGGUUUGGUUUGGUGUCUCUCGGUCGCUGUCGCUAUAUCCCGCCCCCAAGGCGGGAACAAAAUCAUCGGUGGAGAGGAAGCUAAACCGCACGAGUUUCCCUUCGUGGUGUCACUCCAGUGGAACUUUGGAAAUGAUUCCAGCGCCGAUCCGGCACACUUUUGCGGUGGAGCCAUUCUGAACGAACGUUGGGUGUUGACGGCGGCCCACUGUAACAUCUCCUACACCCCCCACGGAUACCUUGAGGUCGUCGCCGGGGCUCACAACCUUUCCGACGAGCAGCAGGAGAUGCAGCAGAGACGUCGCGUGACCCAAAUGAUACCCCACGAGGCGUACUGUUGGACCGUUUGCCCGAACGAUAUCGCGCUGAUACGGGUGGAUCCGCCGUUUGAAAUAGGGGAGCAUGUGAAACCGAUCCGGCUGCCCGGUAAGAACGAAACAUUUACCGGAAAUGCGCUUAUCAGUGGAUGGGGUACUACCGUGCCGUCGAUGGGACCCAGCUAUCCGGACAAACUGCAGAAAGCCGUUCUACCCCUGGUCGAUUAUGACUCCUGCCGGCAGCUGUGGUACGAUGUGAGCCAUCUCGCCGAGACGAACGUCUGCGCUGGGCCGGAGGAUGGCUCAAAGUCAUCGUGCUCGGCCGAUUCGGGGGGACCGCUAGUGACGAUGCUGAAUGACGACCGGGGGAGCGUCGACGAUGACCCCACUCUGAUCGGACUCGUCUCCUGGGGACCGUUCCCGUGUGGUACACCGUUGCGCCCCAACAUUUUCACCGGCGUCGCCUAUUUUAUCGACUGGAUCGAGGACCGCAUCUGCGACCGUAUGACCGACGAAGAGUGUCGCUACAAUAAAUAAAACAGAGUCGGACGCGGGCGGUCAUUGUUGCUGCCUGCCUGUGGCCGGUUUUGGGUUGGGUCGGUUUGUGUUUCAUUUUAGUCGCACCGACCAAGAGCA